AUGUCAGAACUCGUGGACCUUCACCAGGACCUGUUGCAACGAAAACAAAGUAUCUAUCGCUUACUCAACAAUGCCGGUCAAAACAUCCAACACUGCCUCGAUAGACAGACUCAUCUACAGCAUCGAUCGGUUCACCUGCAGGCGCGAGGUUUGAGUUUGAUCCCACUCAAUCUCGCAGGCCCAGAUGUGAUUCGUAUCACUCGUCUAAACGACUGGAAGGUACUUACAAAUAAGGUCGAAUUUGACACUACUCAAAGAGGGAUGUCGGACCUGGUCACAAGCGUCACACCGAUCCUCAGGCGAGUACCCAGUCAAAUGCUGUUUACGAAAAUCCUGCAGGCAAGUAUGGUCGCAAGCAAAAACAACAGCCAGAUUUGGUUACAUCCACCUAAAACCCACGCUGGUCUGUCAAACCUGAACGCUCACAUAUUUCUGGACAUGGUCACAACCAUUGGAACUGUGUUAGAGAGCGAAGGUGGAAUAAAAUUGAAUGGACUACUUCUACAACCAGGUACAAGAGUCGAGAAACUGCACAAUGUCCACGAGCUUUUCGCCGUGUUAAGGCGAUUGAACGUCCGUUUGGGCAACCUACAGCCCGAAGAUGUGAUGAGUGGCGAUAAAGAUACCAUUAUCCAACUCAUCUACGCAAUCUCUUCACAUUUCACGCGCCCCACACGUGGACGGAGGUCCGUGAGUCCAGGACAUCGAAUGUUUGAUGGUCGAGGAGCUGUCGAUGAUGAUGAUGAUGAUGACGAUGAUGAUGAUGAUGAUGACGAUGAUGAUGAUGAUGAUGACGAUGAUGAUGAUGAUGAUGACGAUGAUGAUGAUGAUGAUGACGAUGAUGAUGAUGAUGAUGACGAUGAUGAUGAUGAUGAUGGUGAUGAUGAUGAUGACUAUGAUGUGCAUCUGGAGACAUUUACCAGCCUUGACAAAUGGAAGAAGGGAGACAAAAGCAAACCAAGCAAAUCACAUAGCAAGUUUAGCGACACUACGCUUACACGAUCACCUCCACGUCACACUCCAAUGGGCCGUUUCACGCCAACUUAUCGUUGCGAUCCUCCUCUGGGUUGUUCUACGACUGACAAUCGUCCGCAGAGCGAACACUACACGGAAAUAAUCAAUCCAGUCUAUUCACAUCAGUUCAUCGGUCCAACUGUCUACGAUCAACAGUCAGGUCGGACAAGUCCUCGUUCCCGAAGUACCAUGACAAUGCUCUUCAGUGGACAACGAUCCCCAACCGGAAUGAGGAGGUGCGCAUCGCGAGAAAGUGUACUUCCUCCGCAAGUUCCCUGA